AUGCCUAAGUCGCAGUUCUACCCAACGAAGUUGGGUAAUCUGUUCAAGCUGCCAACGCCCAAAGACAAGGGGGAUUCCAUCAAGGCCGUAGACGCUAGGUAUAGGGAAGGAGGUCCCCACAUACCAGAUGUCCACUUCAAAAGGUACACAAAACAAGUAGAGAAAGACUUGGACAAAAAAUACGAACCCAAGUACGGACAAACUCCAUUUGUUAUGAAUGACCUCACGCCGGGAGAGAAGGGUAUCAUGAUGGUGACCUUCCACAUCAAGACAGAGGAGGAAUUGGAGAGUAUUCUCGCCAAGACAGAUCCAGUGGCAUUCUUGAUAUCUCGUCUCAAGGCAGAAGAAAAGAGUGCCAUGAUGCUCCAGUAUGGACUCAAGUCGGACGAGUAAUUGAAGGAUUUUGUCUUCUGCCACAAGUACGUGAGACCUACGCUCAAUAUCGCUGAUUGGGCCAAGGACUUGAUGAAAGAUGACAAGCCCACAAGUGAACCUCUAAAAGAGCGUGAGAACCCCACAAGUGAACCUCCAAAGAAGCGCACUGCGCCUACAAUACUACGAUUGCCAUUCCCCUCGGAAGAAAAACAGUGGGAAGGCGACUACCAGGAAAUUGCGGACGCCAUGGCAGCCAAAAACGACGAUGCCAGUAUGGCAAUUUUGAAAGCUACUCUGGAUAAGCCAAAAUUCGUUGUGCCUGCAGAAUUUCCAGAGGGUCCAAAGCUCCGGAGACGAAGAGUAAAGGCACCGGCCGUUCAAGCUUCUGACCGAAAGACUCGGGGUAAUGGGAGAGCUAAGCCACAAACCAGUGCCCAAGGCCAACAAGCCCCCAUCUCCUCUGUAGCCGCUCCUCCAUCUCAGGCUCCUCUAGUUGCGCCUAUUCCUGUUUCUAGCUCAGUACCUGCAGCAAUUCCUGGCAUCAACUUGCCAGGAAACAACUCCACUGCAGCGCAAGGACAACCGGGUACUUUGACACCUAAGCGAAAGCGACAGACGGUGGAGGUACCAGGUUCCGAUGAAGAGUCAGAGGAAAACUUGGAAACAAUGGAGCAGCCUCGGAAUCGAGAGUUAAGUCCAUUGCUCGCGUCUCAAAAAGACAGAAGAUCCAGGAAGAAAUCCCAACUCCUUCAGAUAAUGAUUCUGAGUCGAGUUCCUCUGAAAAAAUGGCAUCUGCCGACAACUCGAAGAGAAAGAGAGUUUAUCAACCACUCUCUGCUCCAGAUGAGGACGAGUCACCAGCAAAGAAGGUCAAAGUGGCCACAGUUGCAUCGUCCUCGGCUCCUGCGACAUUGCCUCAGGGUGGUAGACCAAUCAUCACCAAAUUAUUGACUGGUGGUAGGCAUCCAAUUUCUCCAAAUGCUAUGCGUGGACAGAUAGCUGCCAUGCAAGGAACAAAGAGAAAGGCACCUGAAGAUGAGGUGGAGCAAUCCAUGGGACGCUCCGCGGGAUCUAAGCGAGUGAAACUUCGGAUUCAGACUGAUAGCCAGACGAUCCCAAGUGUCAACUCCUCGGCUCCUAUGCCACCUCCAAAUUACGGUCCGCAGGAGAAAGUUGUUGAUGACUCUGAAGGCGAGGAAGCCAUUGAGGCAAACGAUGAAGUUCAGGCACCGCAAGUAGCAGUGGCCGCCGUACCUGUUGCAAAACCCCCAAUACAACCGAAGGGGAGAGACACAGGGCUUAACGGAGGUCACUGGUCCGCUCCUCUUACACAGAAGCGAGAGCGAAAGAAGAAGGUUCUGGAGCCAGAGGAUGAAGAAGCUGAGGCACCUAAGUCGAAGCGGACUAUGAAGCAGAUGAAGCCUGCUAUCGCCUCGAAGAAGUCUGCCCCUGCGCCUAAGAAAUCCCAGGGAAAGGCUCCCAAGAAGGGACCGAAAUCGACGACGGCGGUAAUACUACAGCCACAAGUUGAUCAAGCACCACAGGUGCAGGGAACUCCACAGCCACAGGGGCAGCAAGUACCGCAGCCUGUGGGCGCCGACGAAUCAUCUUCGGAUCCAGGAGACAAUUGGGAUUAG